UACCAAAGCAGAUGCAACAAACCGAGGAAACAGAGCCAAAGGCCGAAGCGGAGGAAAGGAUUAAUAAUAAUAAUAAUCUACAUAUAAAAGCCACAUAAGCUAUUGCGCCCUUACGUUCCAACACCUGGCAGUACGGUGCACCACAGCCUUCGCCUUUCUACUCUUCUUCACACAAAACCCUACACCUCCCCCACCCUUCUUUCCCAUUUACUUUCUUUGUGCGUACCGUUUCCUUAAAUAACAAGUUUGCCCCCCCUAUUUUAAUUUUUUAAUAUUGAAACAAAUAAUUAAUUUUGUUAUAUAAACACUAUGUUUGCUCGUUAAUUACUGAGAUGAUUCUAAAGGCAAUUUUGUAAUUUGAAGCAAAAGGAAGGCUGUUCGUAUAAGCCUAGCAAGUUGCUGGUUUCUUUUCUAUUCCCUCUCGAUAGCCCAUUCUCUGCAUACCCGAGAGAAAAUUCUGGAGGAAAUACGAAACAAAAAAAAUUCUCUCAGAAAACGAAAGAAGAAGAAAGUAGCAAACAGGUUAAGCCGAAACACCCUCUCUGUUUUGGUUGAAAGAGGAAGGAGAUGAAGAGCUGUGAGCUUUGCAAAUUGGCGGCAAGAACGUAUUGUGAAUCGGACCAAGCGAGUUUAUGCUGGGACUGCGAUGCUAAAGUUCACGGAGCCAACUUCCUUGUGGCGAGACACGUGAGGUGUCUUCUCUGUCACGCCUGCCAGUCUCACACUCCGUGGAGAGCUACUGGUUCCAAGCUUAGUCACACGGUCUCCGUCUGUGAGAGGUGCGUCAACGGCGAUGAUCGAGAAGAGAGCGAAGCAGGAAAUAACGACGAAGAAGAUGAAGAAGGAGAAGCUGCUGAUUCUGAGGACGACGUGUCAGUUGGUGAUGAUGUGGAGGACGGAGAUAAUCAGGUGGUGCCAUGGUCCACAGCAGCAAAUACACCUCCGCCGGCUUCCAGUUCAUCUAGUAGCGAAGAUUCUUGUGGUGGUGAACUAGAUGUCUCUAAAUCGAUAAAUUUGUUUUCAUUGAAAAGAUUGAGAGAAAAUGUUUCAGAUCUUCCCUCUCAGGUCGAUCUGGAUCGUUUAUCUCCUAAACGGAGGUACGGUUACCGUACUCGUUUGGCGACUCGGUGCAGACCAGAGGAGGAAGCCGUUUCUGUUGACUCUAUGAGGCUGUCGAAAGACCAACAGAUCAAAGCGGAGGGUACGGUUCAGUUUCAGUCCGAUUCCAGAGGCGCGGCGAUUACGGAGUCGUUAGGAGAAAAAUUAGAGUCUGAUAAAAUCCAGUAAAACAAAUCCUAAAUCUGUUAGUAAUUGUUAGCCGUCCGAUUUGAGUUGGUUUGGCCUGUUGAUGUUUCAGAUGAUCUAACCUAUUCUAACAAUAGUCUUUAAUUAAUGUUUUAUGGGAAUGCUGACCCUUUUAGUAGGUAAUUUGUGCUAAUCUAAGGAUUUUACUAGUACUAGCAUUACUAGAUUGAUAUCUCCCCAGAUUUUGUAAUUUUGAUUUUUUUAUCUGCCGUGGCAACUGGCAAGUGGAUUAUCAUCUUGGACCGACGUCGUUUCCUAUGUUUUUAUUCUUGUUGUAGUAGUAGUAGUAUUAGUUUUUUUGUUAGGGCUUAUUUGACAUGUCUUCUUGUAAAUUAAAAUGUACG